AUGGCGCGCCUGCUACGUCCUGAAGACUACACGGUGGCAUGGUUGUGCAUGCUGCCCAUCGAGCUUGCAGCGGCACACGAGAUGCUGGACGAAGUGCACCAGGAUCUAGAGCAUGAAUCCAAUGAUGAUAAGAACCUGUACUUGCUGGGGUCUAUUGCGGGACACAAUAUCGCGAUCAUGUGCCUACCGGCAGAACAUAUUGGUAACAGCUCUGCGGCAGUUAUGGCGACGCAGAUGAUGGUCACAUUUAAGAGAAUUCGAUUUGGGCUAAUGGUUGGUAUCGGCGGAGGAGUGCCUAACGCAGAUGCAGAUAUCAGACUUGGGGAUGUAGUAGUUAGCCAGCCAGACAAGACGUGCGGCGGAGUAGUGCAGUAUGACGCUGGUAAGACUACAGCAAGCGGAUUCGUACGGACAGGGUCGCUUAAUGCACCGCCGCAGGUGCUGCUCAGAGCAGUUGUUAGGGCGCGGACGAUGAUGCUACGUGGUAGAAGCAAGGUCUUUGAACAUAUUGCUAAACUUGAGCGUCUUCCCCAGUUCCGGUAUAUGAAAACGGGGCCUGAUGUGCUCUUUGAAGCCACAUAUGAUCACGAAGGCGGGAAAACGUGCGAUAUGUGCAGCAUGGACAGACAAGAAGCAAGGCCGCCACGUCACAGCGAAGAAGGGAUAGUGGUUCACUAUGGGACAAUCGCAUCGGGAAACCAGAUCAUAAAGAAUGCGGCGGAGCGAGACAGGGCUAGCGCAGAGCUUGGUGGUGUUCUCUGCUUCGAGAUGGAGGCAGCAGGACUAUCAAGAAGCUUCCCUUGCCUUGUCAUCCGCGGUAUAUGCGACUACGCGGACUCGCACAAGAACAAGCAGUGGCAGGCAUACGCGGCUGGGACGGCGGCAGCGUAUACGAAGGAGAUACUAUCAGUAAUAUCGCCGGCGGAGGUAGCCAUGUCGCGCAUGGUGGAGGAAGCAGUGAAGGCCGAAGGUCUCCUUGACGACGUUACAGAAGGAGACUUGCAGCCUCCAUCGCUCAAGCAUUCUUUCGCGCAAGCCUCCACCCUACCUAUCACAGUCUCCCAAACCUAUGACUUCUCUGACAUGAUAUGGAGCUCAACCGGUAAAGACUCUGAGAUCGUUACUGAUGCCAUGAAUCACGCAACACAGGACUCGGCAUUGAAUGAGCCAAAUGAGGAACAAAAGAUAUCUCCGCCAGAGCUGUCUUCAGCAAAAACAGUUUAUGCGCCAUCAGCAACGUUGACGACACCUGCCCUAAGGGGUAAGGGAUAUACAGGCAAACUUGCUGAGCAGUUGUUUGGAGUAGUCAACUGCACUGACCUGACCCGGGAUGCUCUGGACCACCUCUCACAGUCGCUGCCGGAUCUGCUUCGGGCCUUCGCUGUGAAGGUUGGGUAUCAAGCUUCAUCACCAAUGCACCGUGACGUUAUGUUUUAUGUUCGAAGAGAUCGUGUGAGCGUGCAACAGGCAUUCCAAUGCCUCAUAGACGACGUGUUACAGCCCGAAGAGCCUGUGAAAUUUGACGAGGGACUUGGCCGGGACGCCAUCGAUAGGUUCAUGAAAGACACGGAGGAAUUUGAAGAUGUUCCUGAACAACAGAUCGAUGCUGAAGCCGCGGGUCCUGAACAAGAUGAGAAACAGCAAGAUGAGAGCCAAGAACAAAGCAAGAUAUUUGACUUUAUACUACAAAUUCGGGCUUACAAAUGGCUUGUUGAUACACUGAGAAGAGAAACGAUAUUGAAGCGGGCGAGUCCUGACCUCAUGGAACAGAUUGGGGCUCGAAUCCGAGGGGUACUGCUUUCGUAUGGCGAUAAAGUUAGUAGGAAAACCCCGUCACAGGAGUACGAAGCAACAUUUGAGUUACUCUGGAACCCUCCACACUAUCUCAAGGAUCAGCGGCCUCAUGAUGACGCAGAAGAGGUAUUGGGUGACACCAUCACGCUUACUGGAACUGUGAACGACGCACAAGCUUUGACAGCCCUUGAGUAUCUUUGCCAAGUCUGGCCAGACAGUGGGAUGCAUGUCAUGCAACUAAUCACCGAUAUUGUAUGCCAGGAUUCGGAACAUAUUGCAACUACUAGUCUACUAGACGGGACGCAAUUUCAGGCGCGCAUUGAAGACGCCAAAUUGAUAGUCAAUGUAGUAGGCUCAAGUGAAUCACUUGCCGAGGCCGGGCAACAGCUUGCCUGGCUGGGUGCGGCUCUUCAAUCGCCACCAAUCGAAACAGGCAUAGCACUUUGUGUUCCGUUCAUUCGAGAGUGCUAUUUGAUGCACGAUCCGCCUCCAGUCGAGGUAUCUGAGCAAAGACAACGAGGCAAGAUUUUCUGUAGAUUUGACUCCGAAGUCAAAGCCCCAUACAUGGCGGGAAUCGAGGGUUCAGGGCUCUGCUGGCAUAAAAUGUUUGCUAGCCCAAUCCUUGUGGGUGGAUUUCCAAUUCUCAGCAAGCCAGAACCUAAACUGGGACUCGAAAUGUCACUUGACCUGCUGGCUGGUAUGGUUGGCGCUCCUCAGGUACUGGGAAUCCAAGGGAAGGUCUUCCUGAAAGGCUUUUCCACCAUGCUAGUCGGCGUGAGACGUUUGGAUGACCUGCUGAUCUGGCAUUUCUCGUUUGAUGAAGAGGGCAACAGGAUAUCGUACCUUGAUGUGCCGCUAGGACAAGCUUGCAAUAUGAGCGUUGAUCAGAUAAAUGACGUCCGACAUGUAGUUGGCUGGUCUAGGAAGAGCUCAUACUAUGCUGGCGCUGAAGAUGCCGAUUACGAUAUCAAGGGUACAGACCUUCCACCACCCCGGGCGGGAGCUCUAUUAGAGAAGUUCACUUUCAAUCUUGGCAAGGUCUUCACAGCAGGAGCAACGAUCGCUCCACGGAAGUACGUUGUCUUAUGGGACGAGGAGACCAAAAGAGGCUGGCUUGUCAACGGAACAAGCGCUCUGCUCCACUUGGUUCGCAUGUCGCUCAAAGUAUACAAGAAAGACUACUCUCAAGAGCUCUUGUUUGAUGAGAGUAUGAUGCAGAACGAAGCUGAACACGAUGCUGCAUCCGCAAGGAAAGUCCUCAAAAACGAACGAAAUAGGUAUCUUGAGGUUUGGUGCGGCAAAAGUGAGAAUGCGACGGGAGCAGAACAGAAACUUCCAGUACAAAAUCAGCCCAGCGUGGCCCGCAAAACAAAUAAGUCGAAGUACACCUUUGAAACCCUGGUAGAACAAAAAUGGUCCGUUCUCGAAGUUCUUAUGGAAAGCCACAAACAACUCGCGGGGCUAAAUGGUAUCAACCUCAAGUUCCGGAUCAGAAGACAUCUCGAAGGUUGGAAUUUCGAAGACCUCGCUGGUGAAAGCGACCCUGAACCACGUGUUGCGACCCUAAAAGCAGUGGGCUACGGUUGGGUUGAUUUUGUUCACUCUUUGAAGGCCAUUACGCUAUUUGGCCGUGGAUUCGGGAAUAUCAUCAGACCGUCAAAGUGUGAGAGAAUCUGUUCCCAAUGGUCACAGCUACCAAAGGGUGAGUAUCACCUGGCAGCCAGUCUACAUGACUUGGACGUCAUAAUGAGCAAGACCAGAAAGACGGAGCGAGGAGAUAUUGAGAUUGUGCGAGGGUUGCUAUGGCAUUCUCCAAUAGAUCCUUUCACACCCUGCAGGUGCCUCAGCCGCGGACAGAUGGAAGAGCCUCACAAGCUGUGUGUGGAGGGCCAUGAUCCUGUACAAGCGUUGUUCCCCAAGGCAUUAAUCAAAGGCUCAAUGCUCUUCCCGAGCCCUCGCAAGCCGGAGACCCUGAACAAUAACGGGGCGGUUGUCUUUGGACAUACAAUGUCUUGGACUUCUAACCACAGGAUGGCCCAUAUCGGUGGUGUCUCUUCCGAAGAACACUGCUCUCCAGAUCAUUCAGAUCCACAAAGAACGGUUUUGAAGGCCGACACGCCAAUGACGAGCUUGGCUCUGAACCAAAGCUAUCCCGGGCAGUUGGGACGGACAUAUGGAGAAUUAGCAUAUACUUUGCGUUCUGUCGAUAUCAGUAAAAUGACUCCGGAGCAGUACACGAUCAGGCAUGCAGAUACCCUUAUAGCAAACAGGCAGCAUGACACAACCGAUACUAGUGAGGAAGAGAUUGAGGAACUUGAGGAUAGCUGGGGAAAGAUGUGGUGGGAGACUAGUCAACUUUCACGAUGCGGACCAAAAAGGGCGACUGCACCUGAAUCUAGAAACUAG